AUGGUGAGUGACGUCAGCACGAAUUGGCUCCAGUUGUUGCUCAAGGAACUCCGACGCAUUGCUGCCCAGCUGCAGGCCAAGCCAUUAAGUGUACAGGAUCAGACGGAAUAUGCGGCAGCAGUGCAAUUUAUUGAGCUGCGGGUGCCGGUGCUUGGAAACGAUGAGUGGAAGGCGUUGGUGUCGAGCGGCGCCGUCUCGGAGGUGUUUGAGUUUGCGGUGGGGAGCGUCUUAGAGGAUCCGCUCUCGUGCAUCGCCGUCCAGUCAUGGGCGGGCGCCAUGGAUGCUCUUUUGGUGCGGACGAAACCUUCUGUCAGCGCCGCCCACCACAUCCCACAGCUGUGGGACGCGGCGAGGCGGUUAGCGAAGGAUCGUAGCGGCAACAACGUCAUACUUCAUGCUGCACUGAAACUGCUACGGGUUUUUCUCCAUCGGUCUCCAGUAAAUAUUGACUGCACACCGCGGUACCAUCUUCCCCACCCUGUCAAGACAGUAAGUGUCGCUCCGCGGUUGGCUGCCCUGGAGCUAGUUCCAUAUAUCAUUCUACAGCCUUAUAAAUGCGCUCAACAACAACAACAACAACAACAACAAUAUCCACAAGAGGAGCGAACGGGCAGCCCCACACCAUUAAAUUCGCUUCCAAGGCGGCUGGUUUUGGCGGCACCUUGGGUAGAUUACUUACGCAAGGCGGUGGGUUGCUCUAUUCCUGUAGUACGAGAAAAGGCACUGGAAAGCAUAUUUGUCCUGCUAAAGGAGGGCGUUGUGCUGGAUACGGUUCAAUUCAACGUCAUUCUUGACAUGAUGCUCCGUCUUGCCGAAUCAGAGGAAAUAUCUUCCAAGAUUGAAAAUGUUUUGGGUACCGUCAUUGGGUUUUUGUUGAAUACCGCACAGCACGGAAGUGAUUGGACACACUUUGCCGCAACAAAUGCUGCUGACGCUGGAGAUAUGAUCAGGCGUAUAUUUCACCCUCGUGCGAUGACGCAUGCGACACAACGUGUCCUUUCAGUGGCAAUUGGGGAACUUUUAGUUCAGACCGUCUCAUCAGAGUGGAUGGAGAAUGCUGUAGCCCGUAUUUUUGAGCUGUUGCAACCAACCCCGUAUGAUGACCGCAUGUACAUGCCAACCAUUGUCUCUCGGGCUGUGUUACUGUGGGCGUCGCGUAUGGGUUCCGACAUGUUCCGCGGUUCCCUUGUGGAGAUUCUCGUACGUUUUCUCGAUGCAUCAUGUACGAAGAGUGUUACACAUACUGCCUUGUUGUGUUUGACGGGCGUCGUUCGCAUGAUUGUUGCAACUAGUGACUUUGCCACCGUGCUUUGGGCACAACUUUUGCAGAUACCAGUGCGGCACCCAUCCCUCAUGCAAGUGACAAGCGAAGCCAUGGCGUGUCUUGCGCAUCAAAACGAAGUUUGUGGUCGGGCGUUGCUGCGGCGGUUAUACACCGCAAGUACUGAAAUUGAAACUGAUAAACCACUCCCAACAUCCGUCGCGCUGCACGCAAAAGCACUCCUUGCCAUGCCAGCCGAGUUUUUGCAGCGGCCAUGCGUAUUGGAGACCCUUCGUGCCCUUUUUGCAUCUUUUAGUAUUGGCAUUACACCUCCGAAGGUGGAGGUGAUUUUUUUUAGACGUGUUGAGUACUUUAAUCGAAUUGCGCUUCUGCUACUCAAACAUCAGCGUGAUCAGUUGUCUCCCGCAACUGUCACGAAUCUCAAGAUGUCCGUGCGGGUUUUUUUAAGUCUUCUUGUUAAUAAUCCUUCUGGUACAUCACUUUAUGCGCGUGCUGCGAGUUCCGCAUGCGCCGUACUUGCAGAAGUUGGUGCGUCCGACAUUGAGCUGAAGCUUGUAUUCGCGUUGUUAGAUACGCUUGAGGCGGCCGGUUUCUCAUCACAGCAGUCAGUGUGGUCUGCGGCGUAUGCGCUGUUUACUGGUACGCCCUGGUUGGUCUGCUCAGAUGGCAUGGGUAAGCGUGGCAUCUUGGCAAAAGCACUUGCGGAUGUGUCUGAUGCCAACCGCGACGGUGUACCUUGUGCAGCAGAAGAACAAGGCGAAAUUAGUGACAUGGGGGGGACACGACUUGUAGGUGUGGCAGAGGAAUGCCUUGAUGACUAUCAACGUCUUUUGCCGAAUAUGACGCAAAAGCCGCAGGCAGUUGCCACGUGGCGUGCGGUUUCACUGAUUGUUGGUGGUUGCACGGAGAGGGCGGGGGAGGAAUGUGUGCAGCGUGUGUUUGUUAGCCUGCGGGAGUGGUGCGCUGCCGCCGAGGCGGACCCGGUAGUGACGGCGUGGAACGUUCUGUGCUGCCUCAACGGCAUUUUCGCGCGGUGUGACAGUGAACACGAAUGGGUGAAGACAUCAGCGAUGGAAUGGUUUACGUUUGUGGAAAGACACUGGCUGUCAUCGAGUGUAUGGGCAGUGCGGCGUGCAGCAACACAGUUGUUGGCACGUCUGGCGGUAAUUACAAGACAACUUGACGACUUCACUUCCGUCGUCGUGAAAAACUUCAACGACGGCGAGGAUGCCUACCGCCUCAGCGGUGUCCUACUCGCUCUGGGCGAGAUGCACGGGACCGGAAGCAGUGCCACCGCAUCCAUGGCGAUCUCUUUUGUACUGCGUGUGUUGAGGCAACACGGUGUGAGUGGCGGCAUGACAGUUGCGGCUGCCGCAUUGGUGGCAAUGGUACGCAUGACGCCACGACACUCGCAACUCAUCAAUUCCGUCUUACCGGCCGCUUUGGUGGCACAACUCCUUUUGCCUGCCAUGACAACAAUAGUUGACCCAUUCGUCUUUGUUCUUUUACUCGAGCUGUUUUUGAUUUUAUUACCGCAUGAGCAGGCGAUGGUGAACAAAGGUGUGAAUGUCUGCGUCCGGGGCGUGAUACAAAUUCUAUUCUCCUCUCGAGCACUCCAUGAUGAAGUCACCAGUGCCGUGCUGAACACGGUGCGUCUCGCUGUGAAUGAUCCAAAACAUACACCGACGGAUGCGAUGGCAAAUGUAUCUGCUUCUUUUCUGACUGCUUUAAAUUCCCUCGCCCUUAAAAAGGAGAUGUUGGGGCUUUUGGAAGGCAAUGGUCGCUUUAACGACUCCGUUUCCCGAGCAGCAGCAGAGAUGCUUGGGGUUUGCUGCAGUGUUGUUAGUACGGUGGAUUUUUUUCGUGCUUCACUUUUGAGAAUUGCACAAAUGUUGGAUGCGGCGGUUUCUACGGAAACUCGUAAUGCAUGGAUAAAUGUGGCUCGUAUUAUCCUGCAAAACUCCGACCGGAAGCACUUAAGCGUAUUUCUGGAGGAAAUGGAGCUCAUUAUGCGAGGGAAGCCAGCGCAGCUUUGUGGUGGAGAGUGCACCAGGCAUGAGCCGCUAAUGAAUAGCAACCACGAGGAGGAAAUGGGGGAGUUGUCGUCAGCGAAGAAAACGAACAUGAAUGGAAAGAGGGACGACGACGAGAAGCAGGUGCAAAUGGUGGCAAGUGAAGUGGGGUCCAAACUGGCGGUCUUGUCAAUGAUGACUGAAAUGAUGCGGCAGCCAGAUCUAUACGUGAAUUUGGAGGGCGAUGCUCUUGUGCGCUACCUGAAUUUGCUUUUUUGGUCCGUUUCGCUUGCGGAAGUGGAGCCUCUUUUUAUACGGCCUGCAGUUAAUGCCCUUCUCAUCGUCGUGGAGAAAUAUGGUAACCGAGUAAAGGAUAUUUCAACACCGUUUUUGCUUCCCUGGCGUGUCAUGUUAGUGAGCGGCAUGCGGAGAGUUAUCCAGAGCUCCGUCUUUUGUUGCGAAGAGAGUUGUCUGCUCGCAGAGAGUUUUAUCAACUGCAAUUUGGCAGAUGACAAUAGUGUACGCCGUGUAGUUUUAGCUUUGAUGACACUAUUAGAAACACUGGAGAGAUGUGAUGCGGACUACGAGGCCAUUGUUCACGGCGGAUGUGGGCGUGUUGUCUUGGCGCUUUCGGCUUGCCGCACACGAGCGGCAGCGGCAGGUUGGUUGCAGGCAGAAGAGGCUGCAUUGGAGGCCCUUGCGUCAUUGAGUGGGCAGGCGGCUGUGGCUUUAAUAAGCAACCAGUUGGUGGCAUCCAUGGCAAUGGUGCACGGAUUUGAACCGGCGUAUGAUAUGAGUUUAACAACUCUAGAUGAAUGCACACACGCCGAUCUUGCUGCCGUUCUUGGUGUUCUGGAGAAUAUGUGCUCCGCUGUGCAGGCGCUGGGCCCAACCGUCCGCCACGCGGCAGGAUGCCUUUUGUGUUUGGUGAUAUGUACUCCAGGCGUAGCAUUGCGUCCCUUACGAACCAUUGUGCCCCUUCUAUCCACAAAGCAUCAGGAACUCAUAGCAAGCACAGCGUUUGGGCUUCUCUUGCAGGAGGGUGAUGAAGCGCUAAACGAUGAGGAUGCCACUUAUUUGCUGGAGAUUGCCGCGGCAACAACCUGUGAGAAGUCUGCGGCUGAAGUAGAAACGGUCUUGUUGGCGCUGGCAACUCAUCAUCGCCCCUGUGUAGGCUCUCUCGCCAGUCUACGCCUUGCCGUUGAGGCUUCUUGCAGCGUUGCCUGCAUCAACACCGUUUUGCGUUCUUUUGACGUUGAUGUUUUAGUCGUGGGUGACGAGCCCACACCGGCUACAAGGGCGUACAUGCAGCACAUUUCGGAGGAGAAGCGACGGGAGAUGGCACUUGCGACUGCGUGUGGGUUUGUGCUUCUGCAACUUAUUAAUUUGGCGGACGAGCAGCAGCAGCCGUUGUUUGUGGGAUCGCGUGUUAUGGAGGCCGCAUUAUCACGCCUUAUGGAGGCUCUGGCCCGAAGCGCUGACCCGUUGGCGUUGCUGCAGCGCGUGUUUCCCAAAAUGCAUCAAGACGUGCGUCUGUGCAGCAUUAUUUUUACUGCGUGUUCCUCGGCGCAUCAGCCCGAGCUGCGGCGGCAGUGGUCGCCAUGCGUACAGCACGCACUGCUGUGCAUCAUUCACAAGGAAAUGCUCCUCCAAGAGAAGCACAGUUCGCUGGUGCUGGAACGCGUCCGUCUCUUCAUUCGCGCCCUGCUGAUAUUGGAGGCAGAAUCAUCUUUUUACGUUGACGCGACAGACACGAUGUUUUCCCUCUACCCCGAUGCCUGCGCCGCGCUGACGCAGCAGUUGAUGCGCCAUCAUGUGUGCGAGUUGAAGUCUGUCAUUCAAUCACUUUGCAGCGAGAAGGCUGCGACGUUGCGUCGACUCAUGCAACUGCAGGGUUUUGGGGAAACACCGCACGAGUCGUCCCUAAAGAUGGAGGGAGGGUCGCAGCACAACCACACGGCGACAGCAGUUCCGCAACGUCUUACCAUAAAUCUGUCGUCGUACACAUGA